AUGAGAUGUACAUUAUUCCUUUACAUACUACUUCUCUUUGCGCGGCAUAGUCCAGCGAGACAGUGGGAGCCCGGGGAAGAAACCGAAGACGUCAUUCUCGAUGUUACUACCCCGGAUUCUUCUUCCAUUGAUGCAGUCGUGAGGAGCCCUUACGGGAUUACCACAUAUCUCUACGCCGUAAAACCUGGCCACAGGGUUUCCGCAGUAAAGCAUGGAGAAGACAACCUCUGGACACGUACCGACGACUGCUCGUUUGAGCACGCGGUAGCCACGCUUUACGAAAAAGGGACUCCAAGCUUCAUAUUGGUCUGUUUUAAAGGUAGAUAUGCCGAGAAGAGAUGGUCGUACUACGGGAAGAAUGACAACGAGUGGAAGAAGACCACGGAAGAAGAGUUUUACAAGAGUUUUAAUCGUCGAGUAAUCACAAGUAUUACACUCGACAGCGUAUCUUUAAGGAUAAAUGGUUCAAACGACCCAAAAAGGUUUUAUGCCAACACCUCACCAAGAUUCCCAUUCCUUGCCUACAUCCCAAAUGUUGGUUAUAGGAUACAUGAGGUGAUAUACACUAAAUAUCCUGGUUCUGCUGGUGGUAAUAGUGGAGAUGUAAGUUCAGUUGUAUGGAAGGCAAAUUCAGAGGACGAGAGAUGCCUCCACGCCUACUUUUACCCAAAGAGUGGGCCUAAACUUGGUCAUCUUUUGAUACAAGAUAGUAAUGGAACAAGUAAACUAUUUUACAAACGGAGAGAACACGAGUGGAUACUCUCCAGUGAGGAUGAAUAUAGACGAUGCCUCGUGCAUGCAGGUUUUAACGCCUCUGAGUUUGACGAUAGCGUUACAGCAGACAUAAGAAACGUUGACUCAAACUUGUUUUAUAUCAAGAACUUUACAAUCGCGGGUCAUAUGGCGUAUCUAUUUGCGCCGUUUGUUGGUUUUAAACUGAAAUAUAUUACAGACGAUGGAGUCACGAUUUGGAAUGCCACAAAUGAUUUGGAGCAUUGCACCCACGUAAAUUUAAUCUACCAAGCAGAGCUUUUGUUAUCCUGCUAUAUUCUAGUCAAUGAUCCAAAGAACGGUCGUAAGGUUUUAUACUUUGUCAAGAAAGACAAGGAAUGGAAAGAGGUCCACAAGGAUGAAUACUAUGACUAUCUGGUUGAUAGGAAUGAGAAUAUACACACCCACAAGGGCGACGGUAAAGUCAUCAUGAGUAGUUUUAAGAAUAGGCAAGGCAUAAAGAUUGUAACGUAUGCCUCUAGAGUAGAAAACGCCAAGGGAGACAUCAUUUUAUCUCAUGGAAUCCGCUCGCAUUUCAAAUCGGAAUUUUGUGCCUCGAGUACAGAUUGGAAUUAUAGGCACUUUGGAUCCCCCGUUUCCCCUGGUUUAAGCGCGUAUUUUGUCGACGACCAGAGACACGCAGACAUCCUAGUUUCAAGCUACAAGCAUCUUUUUGAGAAUGUGAGGUGGGAGGGGAUGAACGUCUUUGAAGUGACUCCCAGAUAUGACUAUAGGCAUAGCUUUGUAGAAGCCCUUAAUAGGAUGGGUUACAAUGUAUAUGGUUUAGACUUGCAAUCACACGGUCUUUCUGAAUCCCAAACAGAGAAACGAUGCUAUGUUAGUGAUUUCAAGGAUUACGUUUAUGACGUGCUUCAGUUUGUUAGUAUUGUCAAGAGGGGCAAGUUUAGUGACUCCUCUGAAAAGUGGGAUGAAGAUAUUUUGUACAAUAGUGUUCCCACGGAUAGGAAAGUCUUAUUACUAGGAAACUCAAUGGGAGGUAAUCUGAUCAUUCAGGCUGUGCAAGAGUUUCAUAGGAAUGCUGAAAAGGGAGCGAAGCUUAUAGACGGCCUAAUUGUAACUUCUGGAAUGUUUAAUCUAGAUCAUUAUUUCAGGGGCUAUAACAAGACGAUGGUGUAUCACAUUCUAGGCGCUCUUGCAUGGAAAUCACCGGAAAAAGACAAUAAUUAUGAAGACUUUUUAAACUAUGGAGAGUUUUUUGAGCUCUUCAUUAGACACAAAGACCCGUUCUUUCAGACGAAACGACUGGUAUUCAAGACCACGUUUUCUCUACUCAGUGCAUGUGAUGAUGUAAAAAAGUCUGAGAACAUGGUAUCGUACCCUAGAGACCUACCGACACUGCUUUUUCAUACUGUAGAUGACACAGUGUGUAGUAUCAAGGGGUCAAGGGAUGUUUUGGAAUCUCUUGACGGCGACGCCAACGCAAAGUUGGUAGAACUGAGUGGCUCACUUCACUAUAUUACAGCCGCUCAGCCUUUAUUUCUCAUUAAACCGCACAUUAAGGAAUGGCUAGAGCAAUACACAUAG